UAAUAUUGUUGAACAGUAAUGGCAGAAUAGUCGGCGACCUUGGUCGUGUCUAAACAGAUUUGUGGUUUUUGUUGUGCGUCGUUCAUGUAACUCCAAUGUCUAGUGAUUCUUUGAGAGAAAUAAACUUUAUUACACACCUAUAACUAUAAAAUUGUGAACCGGAUGAAUGAAAUAUAGAGAUAUAUAUUGUAAAAAUGCGGUGGUCACCGGCGGUGUGUCUGGCCGUAGUAGCAAUAGCGAGUAUAGGUGAAGCUGCAAAAAUACUUAUAUUAUUUCCGUUUCCGGGAAGGAGCCAUGGGAUACUCGGUGAAGCGUUUGUUAGACUUCUCUCUGACGCCAAACACGAGGUGACAUAUGUAACCACUUUCCCUAUUGAAAAUCCGCCUCCGAAUGUGCGACAAGUGGAUGUUAAUAGUAACCUAGACUUACAGAAAGCUGCCAUGGCGCCAAUGAUGAACAUAACUGCAAUAAUGAAUAAAGAAAUCAAUAUAGGCGACAUGACGGCCAUGUUCAACCUAAUAUUAAGCAUAGGUAGAUCGACCCUUGAAAAUGAAAAUAUGAAGAAAUUCAUCAACGAUCCAAAUGAGAAAUAUGACCUAAUUAUUAUUGAAUGGAUGUUCACCGAACUUUACACUGGGUUGUCUGCAUUGUUCGAAUGUCCUUACAUAUGGUUCUCAUCAAUUGAGCCUCACUGGUCUGUAUUGAAAUUGAUUGAUGAACAUUUGAACCCAGCUUAUAAUCCUGAUGGUCUCUUCUCUGGAGAGGUACCGCCUUUCAGCUUCAUAGUCCGAGUCAAGGAACUGUUGAGUCAAGUUGUAGGCACUCUUAUAAGGGAAUACUACAGCUUACCACUAGAAAAAAAAGAUUAUGAGAAAAUCUUCGGUCCAAUAUUUGAGAAGAGAGGAAAGGUUUUGCCGCCAUACGAAGAGUUGAGGUUCAAUGGGUCACUUAUGUUGGGCAACUCACACGUGUCCUUGGGGCAAGCCACUCGAAUCCCUCAGAACUUUAAGCCUAUAGGAGGAUAUCACAUUAACCCUAAAUUAAAACCUUUGCCAGACGAUUUAAAGAAAAUUAUGGACGGAGCUAAAAAUGGUGUAAUAUACUUCAGCAUGGGAUCAAAUUUAAAAAGCAAGGACAUGCCUGAUCAAAUGAAAAAGGAUCUAUUGAAAAUGUUUGGAACAUUGAAAUACACAGUAAUUUGGAAGUUUGAAGACGUCUUGCUAAAUAUACCGAAGAACGUUCGUAUUUUGCAAUGGGCUCCACAACCUAGUAUAAUAGCUCAUCCCAACUGCGUUCUCUUUAUAACCCAUGGUGGUCUCCUGUCAACAACAGAAGCUAUUCACUACGGAAAACCUAUUAUUGGAAUUCCGGUAUUUGGAGAUCAACCCAUGAACGUAGACAGAGCCGUACAUAAGGGCAUUGCUAAGCGAGUGGACCUCACCAACAAGCUACCUGAAGAUCUGAAAGUGGCUAUUGAGGAGAUUCUUGGAGAUCCUAAGUAUUCUCAAACAGUGAAAGAAUUGUCUAUGAUCUACCAUGACCGGCCGGCGACUCCCGGCGCGGAGUUGGUACACUGGGUGGAGCACGUAGUGCGCACGCGUGGAGCACCGCAUCUCCGCUCGCCUGCGCUGCACGUGCCCUGGUACCAGAAGAUGUACCUGGAUCUUGCCGGUCUUAUAAUAGUGUCCUUAAUGUUACUUAAACACAUUAUAAGACGAUUAUGCUGUUCAAAGAAUAAAAAUAAGAAAGCUACUAGCGAAAAGAAAAAUAAAUAAUAUAAAUGUCCAUUUAGAUAUUAUUUCGUAAUGUGUACUUUAUUUUUAGAGAGAUAUUACUAUCAUAUAAUAAUAAAUAUAUUAAAAUAUAA